AUGUCGGAAACUGAACUCCCCCCCAGCUUAGUCGAUGAUGAGGGAAACUUUCCCACCAUCCCAACCAACCCUGAGGACGAGAAUCCAGAUCGUACCUUUGGGGCAACCGCGUCGAAGUUGCUACGAGCCAACCCGAAAAUCAAGGACUCCAAAGGAAAACCCUUGUCUGACUCAUUCAAGGAUGUCGAUCCAAGAUCCCUCCCUGGUGCCUUCUUUUUCAUGAAAGUAACCCCCAAAAAGAAGGAAGGUUCUUCCAAAGAGCCCGAGCUCAAAGGGCAAUUUGACGCGCUGGCAUACGACCCUUACUUCUCCUUCGAAGAAAACACGGAUGCGAUCAAAAAGAGAUACUUAGAGCAGCCCCCGUAUCUCGAAAACCUAACUAAUCGCGACACGAAGGACAAUUUUGUCUCUGUCGAGGGCGACAGAAAUGCAUUGUCCGGUCUUUUUGGCGCGAAUCCCACUGCGUAUUCCAAGACCGACUGGUAUUUUGACCAGCCCAUCCAACUCACACUGGCGUUUAAGGCUAAUAACUGGGGUCAUGGCAAUCCUGUUGGGUUUGCGUGGACAUCCGGAAGUGCACAAACAAUUGAGAUUGACAAAACGUCUCCAACGCACCAAUUCAGAAGGCUGUUCAGGCGCAAGGCAGAAUGGAGAUAUGGUUUCCAGGCAAACGUGGACAAAUUUACCGACCAUGUGUACCUUGUGGAAUACUACACUGUGCCAGUCAACCCGGUAAAAUGGACCUAG